AGGUUUCACGUUGUGCCUAUAUUUCAAAGUGGUUUCUGUUUGCUGCCUAUUGCCUCAGCUUAAUAACUCUGAUCAAUAGAUGGACAAAAUAAAAUGAAUCGUUACACACUGAUAAAACAAUUAGGAGACGGGACUUACGGUUCAGUACUACUUGCUACUGUCCAGGAAACAAAGGAGAAAGUUGCUAUUAAGAAGAUGAAAAGAAAGUUCUACUCUUGGAACGAAUGCUUGAAUUUGCGUGAGGUCAAAGUAAGAUUAAUCUCGAAUUCACACUCUGCAGUCGUUGAGUAAACUUUCUCACCCAAAUAUUGUGAAGCUUAGGGAAAUAGUGCGGGAAAAUAAUUAUCUCUAUUUAAUAUUUGAGGCGCUUGAGAAUAAUUUAUAUGAACUCAUAAAAGCAAGGUAAAUAUUAGUGUCCAGGUUUUUAUCUAUACACCCCUUCUCAUGUUCACGUAGAUUUUGCUUUUGUCUCCAUUAUUAUAGCUUUUGUUGCUUAACAUAAUUCUCAUCUAUUUUUUAAAAUCUUUAAAGCAUUUAAAUCAUUUAUGCUGUGAAACUACAUGGGAUGAUACGCGAAAAUGACGAACUUUACUUGGUUUCCGAGUACAAGAAAAAUAUUUAUGAAAUAAUUAGAAGGUUCUAAUGUUGUUUCAUUUUGAACUCACGUCGCUAUUUCAUCAGUUUUCCCAUAAUUCAAUCUAUAUUGCUUUUUCAGGACUAGACUUUUUCAAGAAGAAACUAUUCGGAAUAUAAUUUGGCAAGUUCUUGACGGCCUAAAUUUCAUGCAUAAGCAGGGUAACUAAGUAUUUUUUCUUCCAGUGAUUAUUUCUGAAGUAAUUUUUCAUCGUAGUCAUUCAGUUCAAGUCGUAAAACGAGAAUUUAGGACACUUUCCUCGGAGUCUUUCUUUAUGUUUGUAUUAGGAAAUCGGAUCAUUUGACUUCAAUAUAAAGCCUGACAUAGGUUAGUAAAUACAACACUAGACAUGUGAAUCGCUUAAUUAUCAGUUCUGAUAAAUCAUUAGUCGUCAUCAGGUUUAAGACAGCAGUGAAAAGUCUUUAGGACUACAGGUCUGUUUCGGCCCCCUGUUUCCUCAGAUGUUUGGCGACCAUUUUUUUCUUUGAAAAGGUCAAAUUGGUUAUUUAUAGCCUGAACAAAACAGAACUUCAGGUGAUAACUCUAGAUAUGUUUUUGGAAGCUAAGAAUGGGGAUGUUUAUCAUAAAGCUUCGUUACUUUUGUUUAUUGUCAAAUCUUGAUUCUACUAUUAUUUGUUUGGUACUUAAGGAAUAAUUAAGUACCAAUAUAUUUUAAAAGUAAUCAAAAGACAUUCGCCCGUAAUUUUUAGUCCCUCAUAUUGCACAUCUAAAUAAUAUUGUAUAUCCUUGAUUUUAGUGAUAUCGAAACUUAAGUCGGUAUGACCACUACAAUUAAAAAAAAGUCGGAUAAAUUGUUCGUUGCAUGAGUAUAUCAUAAAUGGAAACAAAUAAUGACACUUAAAAUAUACCACAGCUCAAGUAUUUAAUCACAAUUUGGUUGCUAUAUUUGCACUAAUUACAUAAACAUAAAAUCAGGUUUACAGUAUAAGUGACCUUAAUCUGUCACUGACUUCUUAGAUGUUGGAGAAUGUCAGUGAAAAUAACUUAUGCUCGUAACCAGGCGUAUCUUAGUUAACAGAACAAUAACAGCCUAACUCUGUCUUCUUAUGUGGUUUCUGAGGUACUAAAUGAGAUCCGAAAAGUCAAAAGUUUUACUAGCGUGUCAUUUUACUUAAAAACCAAUUUUUGAAAGGUGCUGUAUAACGAUUAGGUUCAAAAAUAUGGCAAUCAAUAGAAUUUAAACUUAGGUCUUUGGAAUUAAUUUCUCACUUAAAGCUGAUUCACAUACUAGUUUAGUAACUAAUCAGUAUUUAUAUGGGUCUUAGUUGUAUUUUCACAUCAAAACUACAACAAGAAGUACGGAAGGCACCAAUUAAAAUUUAUCCGACUUACGAAAAUUUCCUAGUACCAUGUACAUUGUAAUUUUGGCAUAUGUAUAGAAACACAUACUAGUUAAUUGAAUCCCGGGUUAUAUGUGAUACGUUCUGUAUAAACGCAAGUUUUGGUCUAUUAUUUUUAAAGCUGUUAAGUGAUUUGCCUGCUGCUCUAAAGAAUGUAAAGGUUUUCAGGUAAUAUUAUCCGUUAGUAUGUUACUUCUUCAUUGCUAGGGUUUUUCCACCGGGACAUGAAACCUGAAAAUUUGUUGUGCAAUGGCCCAGAGACAGUGAAACUAGCAGAUUUCGGACUUGCUCGUGAGAUCCGUUCGCAACCUCCUUAUACUGAUUAUGUGUCUACCAGGUGGUAUCGGGCCCCUGAAGUGCUCCUGAGAUCAACUAGCUAUAAUUCACCUGUCGAUUUAUUUGCUGUUGGUUGCAUAAUGGCGGAACUCUACACGUUUCGUCCGUUGUUUCCUGGAAGCUCAGAAAUUGACAUGGUUUUCAAGAUUUGUUCUGUUUUGGGUACACCUUCUAAGAGUGGUUGGCCUGAAGGAUAUCAACUAGCUGCCGCUAUGAAUUUCAAAUUUCCACAGUGUUCUCCAGUGCCUUUACAUACUUUGAUUCCGAAUGCUAAUCACGAAGGUAUUCAGCUCAUUCUGGAUCUGAUUUCUUGGAAUCCCAAGCAUCGACCAACGGCACGUGAAUCACUAAAGCGACCUUAUUUCAAAACUAUUCGAGCUUUAAAAGAAGUCAUAUCUUCUGCUAAUAAUGGCGACAAAGUACAGAAUAUAUCUCAAGAUCUAGAGAAAAAAUCUACUGAUUUAAACAGAAAACAAAAAUCAUUGUCACAAAAUUUAAAUUUAGGAAUCGCCACUUCACAAAAAAUAAAAGAGUCGCAACUUGUUCAUCAAACAGUUAUUAUUGACUCAUCAAAUGAUAAUCAAAUGGAAACUGGCUCAUCCAAUCUUUCAAAUGGUCACGAUGAUUACAAUUUACAAAAAGAAGUUGAAAAUAACUCAUGUGAAAACAAUAAAAAUCUCUCAGGACAUCUGUUUACAGACAUACAAGGAAGUAAAGGAGCUGUUUUACAGUUAGAAGAUCCACUACCAAGUCUUUUUCCAACAUUAAACGAAAGUGUUGAAAAUGCCAAAUUACAGGAUCAUUAUACUGAUGAUAAGGUUGAUAGAUUUGAAAACUUAAUUUCAAACGAUGCAAUUAUUAAAACGGAUAUGGAUACAGAUUGUACGGCUGAUAAAAAUCAGCUUCUCACUGAUUCAUUUCAAUAUCCAAAAUCUGGUGCUUUAGUAUCGAAACGGAAAAAUUCGGGACGUCGACGUUGGCCAGUCUUAGAAACUGAUAGUUUAUUUGAUAAUUUCGACUCUGACCAAUCAGAUUUAAAACCGCCUUCAAAGAAAAUGACUGCAACGAAAGACAAUCAAGACGAAAACUCCACUUGCCGUAUGUAUUUUCGGAAGAAUGCGACUGCGUUAGACAAAAUCUCUUUAUCAACAUUUAAAUUCACUAAGCAGUUUCCACCGAUUUUAAAUGAUUGUAAUUUAACAAAAGAAGUAAAACAACGAUAUGGUUCUCGAUUAACUGAUCAUCCCGAUAAUAAUAUUCUCAGUACCCAGAAACGAGAUUCUAUAGAUAUCGACGAACUACUAAAUUGUACAACCACAACAAGACCUCUUAUUCCACCGUCUAAUCAGCUUAUCCCCUCAAAUGGGAACCUUAGUAGUAUAACGUCGGCUGCGUCAUUUUAUAAGUCGAAGGCACGUUACUUUCCAGGACCUCUUAAUAACAAAUCAAAAAAGCCACAAUGUACUUUACCAACGUUGGAUAAGUUAGUGCAGCAUCCAACGGACAGUCAUAAAGAGAAUCAUCCAUCAGUGCAAACUUAUGUCGACUAUCCAGCUCAUUCAUAUAUAAAUAAUACACGCGAUAUACCCAACUCUGUUGGUAAUUUAUUUAACUCAACGAAUGUUAAUAAUGGUCUAACCAUGAUGCAAAAUAAAAUUCAUCAUUUAAGCGAUACUGUUUUAUUUCCGUGGUCCAUAAAUAACAACAGUACACAAAUGGAUCCUAAAUCACUGUCUAAAAGUGCUAGUAAGACGUUAUAUGAUACAAAGAAAGGUAAUUUAGUAAAAACUUCUAAUCCGGACAUAGAAAACAGUCAAGGUCAAAAUGUUUGUCAUUUUCGCAGUCAUAUAGAAGUAUCUGGAGUCGGAUUUUUAUCUGGAAAUAGAAUCGGUUGUUUCCGUCCUUCAGCGAGAGCGCCUUUUCCUUUUCAUUCAAAUCCGAGUUCUAGAACAGAUUGGGCAGCCAAGUAUCUGAAGUCAUGAAUGCAUUUUGGAGUCAAUGUAAUUAUCUUCCUUCAUUCAUUUGUAUCAGUCUCUUGUUUUGUUCGUCUUUACUAACCUUUUGGAACAUGGUUUUUUGUGUUCACCUUCAUUCGUAUUUGUUACUGUUGUUCUAUGCUUUAUUCAAAUAACUACGUGCCUUUAUUAUUUUAAAUGCCAUUUGUUUUAUUAAACGUCUGUUAAUUACCAGAGACUUAACAAAUGGGUUUUUUGACCCAUUGAUUUUAUCAUUAACAUAAAUAAUUAUGACUGUUUUAAGGUCGUCAGUUUGUAGACAAGUUACCGGUCAUUUAAAGUUUCUUUAUCCGCUAUAAUAGCCAUUAUUGAUGCUAUUAUUAUUAUUAAUCUUUUUACUCAUGGAUAAUAAUAUGGAAAUGUGGUUUACGAACUUGUUGGAUUAGUAGUAAGAUUAUCAAAAAUUAUUGGUCUUAUGAUGCUACCCCUUAAUUGUGUGUUUAAUUAUUUUUUUGUUUGAUAUCUAACUGCUUUCUUGUAUAUGACUGUGUCUGCGACUAUUUAAAUGUUUAUGGCGCUGUUACCAUGACGUGUGCUUCAUAAUUGGUUCAAAUAUCAGUUGAUUUAUAACAGUGUCUUACUAAUUAUUCAUUAUCUAUGUGUAUUCCAUACGAAAGUGGUCAUAUAUUAUUGUGCAGCUAUGUGAUAAUCCGAAUCCAAUCUGUUUAAGAUUUGUUUAUGUUUCUAUCUUUGCGUGUGCACUUCUGACUUCACACAUCUUUUAUCUUGUACUUUCUAGUAGCUGAACUGUGAUUCUUACCUCAUCUUUUUUAUUCAAAUGUAGCUCAGUGUGUGUAAAAUAUAAUUCAAAAUAAAAUAUUACCGCGUUC